UCACCUCCCCGCGUAGUAUACCGAUGUAUAAAAAAUUUGAGAGACACCCUCGUACAUUCGCGCACAACGCGCGCCCAGUCUUCGGGGUGCAGCCCAUGUGGGAAACCUAAGUGCAACGUGUGCCCCCACAUGGUGACGACUGAUACUGCCAGGAGUACGAAAUCCAACUUUAGCAUGAAAAUUCACGGAGAUCUCCGGUGCUGCAGUCCAUAUGUCGUCUACCUUCUCGACUGUCAGGUGUGUAAGAUGCAGUACGUAGGACAAACCAUGAGAGCAUUGAAUGAAAGGUUUAAUAAUCACAGAUCCCACUCCACCAAAGUGCCCAGCCUUCCACUUUCCAAACAUCUAACACAACCAAACCACUCAUUCGAUAAACUUUCUGUAACGUUGCUUCAAUCUGCCUUUAAAUCAAAUCUAGAACGCGAACUGAAAGAAGUCCACCUGAUCUAUAAGUUUGAUGCUGUAAAAUAUGGAAUUAAAGAAAGUCCUGGGACACCCACUUGUGUUCAGCUGUUGUGA